GGUCGUAUAUAUAUUGCCACGAGUUAGCGGCGAAUUUGGAGUGUCCAUUUUGAGCAGCGAGUCGGCGUCUCCGGUAUUUUUUUCCCCCCACAAAUCUCUUGAAGAGCCCACCGUCAGAAUGGCAGACGCUGAUAAUCUCCUCAUGGAGACGUCGGACCAGAACGGCAACGAGGGGGAAGAGGACCAGAACGGAGCCGAUCAGGAGCUGAUGGCGGGAGAGGAGGAGGAGGAGAGCUGCCAGGGCAUCCUGGAGGAAGGCCAGGGUGAGGCCCUGGGUAUCCCGGAGGACAUCCCAGAAGACAUCCAAGAAGACAUCCAGGACAACGGCGCCGAGGGCGCCGACGUUGGCGCCGACGUUGGCUUAGCGGCCGAAGGCGCCGAGACGGUCGACGGAGCCGACGGGGGCAAGAUCGACGCCAGCAAAGGAGAGGAAGACGCAGGGAAAAUGUUCGUGGGCGGCCUCAGCUGGGACACGAGUAAAAAGGACCUGAAGGAUUACUUCAGUAAGUUCGGUGAGGUGUCGGACUGCACCAUCAAGAUGGACUCCAACACCGGCCGGUCCCGAGGCUUCGGCUUCGUCCUCUUCAAAGAGGCCGCCAGCGUGGACAAGGUGCUGGAGCAGAAGGAACACAGACUGGACGGACGUCCCAUCGACCCCAAGAAGGCGAUGGCCAUGAAGAAGGAGCCCGCCAAGAAGAUCUUUGUCGGGGGGUUGAACCCCGAGGCGACCGAGGACGCCAUUAGGGAAUAUUUCGGAGCUUUCGGAGAGAUCGAAACUAUUGAGCUUCCCAUCGACCCCAAAUCGAAGAAAAGGAGGGGCUUCAUCUUCAUCACGUACAAAGACGAGGCCAGCGUCAAGAAGUGUCUGGAGAAGAAAUACCACACCAUCCAGGGCGGCAGGUGUGAGCUGAAGAUCGCCCAGCCAAAGGAGGUGUACCAGCAGCAGCAGUAUGGCACUGGGCGCGGCGGUGGAGGCGGAGGAGGAGGCGGCGGAGGAGGAGGCGGUUAUGGAGGCCGGGGAGGAGGCCGAGGUCGCGGAGGUCAGGGUCAAGGCUGGAACCAGAGCUACGGCAACUACUGGAACCCGGGCUACGGUAACCAGGGCUACGGCUACAGUGGAUACGGCGGCUAUGGCAACUACGACUACUCUUCUGGUUACUACGGAUACGGUCCCGGUUACGAUUACAACCAGGGCAACGGCAGCUACGGGAAAACUCCAAGACGGGGGCCACACCAGGCCGGCUACAAGCCAUACUGAUGAUCACAUGGCAGCGCAAGGACUCCAGUGAGACCGACGGCUGGAUGGAAACACUGACUCGACCUCUUUUAUGACACAAGACCAUUUGUACAGAAAACAUCUGAAAUGUAACUUCUUCUUUUUUUUGGUUUGUUUUUUAUCCUUUCAUUUUUAGGUUUUACUUUUCCCUUUGGUGUUUUUUUUUUUUUUUUUUUUCUCUCGUCCCCCCCCCUUCCACAUUUCCAUCAAUGGAAGUGUAAUUUUUACUGUACUUUUUGGUACCUGUUUUGAUUCUAAUGUAUUGUAAGGCUUGUAUUUUACAUGUUUGCUGGCUUUACAGGUUGAAAAUCUUGGCGCUGUAAAGGAGCUUUUUUUGACAAAAUAAACAGUUUUCAGUAGUUUUUUUUAAAAACUUUUUUUCCCCCCCGGGGUUCUGAUGCUUCCAGGGGUGGAAGAUAAGGAAAGUGGUUGAAGAGGGUUCAGCAUUCAGUUGUCAAACAUUGUAUUAUUCUCUUGUCUUUUGCCGCCACACAAUUCGAUGAGACGCGGAGCGAUGGGCUUUCACCUGCCCUCAGUCGGUCAUUUUUCUUUUCCCCCUUCAUGUGGAAUCCAGUGUACCAAGAUAAUUUUAACUCUUUAUUCCUUCAUUCUACAAAGACUGCCUGCACGCUUAUUUCUUCCAGGACGUCCUGAAUUCACAAAGGUAUUAAAAGGUAUGGAAAGCAUACAGAUGAAAUAGGGGAGGAACCAAUUAUUCAUGCAGCUGUGGCGUGACUUCCUGUUAACUCGGCAUACCUUUUUACAUUAGCAACGUGUUUAAGUUUCUCUGCUGGUUUAGUUUGUGUUUUUUUUUGUCAAGUGUCACUGGUUUUUUAGAAGUAACCGCUUUGAAGUUAAAUGUCUGCUUAAAUUUUCCUUUUUGUUUUUGUCUUUUAAAAGACUUUCAGACCACUGGAGUCUCCUCGGCUAGUGUCUCUGGCAAUUUAUUAGUAAUAAACAUUCUCGUUUGUAAUAUU